AUGCUCAUGAUUCGUCUUCGUUUGCAGACUCGGAACGGUACUUUCACUUCGUUGUCGUAUGCAGACGACCAGCUUCGGAUACAGAAUGCCCGUACGCUCAGCCUCCCCUUGCGCCAAGUUAUUACCGCAAAGCGUACUGGGCGGUCGCUGCAGCUUUCCUAUAUCAUCAAAAAUAAGUCUAUGUCGCUUCAACAGCUAAGCGGUACCGUUGAAGAGGUGGCUGACGACGUCCUGGACGCCUGGAUAGACACACUCCUCCACAUGGCCUAUGACGACGUCGGGGCUAAACGCGGUCGUCGACUAAAGGUAGUCGUUAAUCCUCAUGGCGGAACGAAAAAGGCAGUCGGAAUCUUCAACAAGACCAUCGAGCCAAUAUUACGGGCUGCUGAAUGUUCGUUAGAUGUUAUUCAAACUACGCGUCGCGGACAUGCCUAUGACAUCGCGAAAACGCUGACCCUGUCGGACUAUGAUGCGAUAGUGGUUGUAUCUGGUGACGGUCUCAUUCAUGAGAUUCUAAAUGGACUAGCAAACCAUGAACACCCUAUCAAGGCGUUAAGCAUUCCAUUGGCUCCCAUUCCCACUGGGACUGGCAAUGGUUUAUCGCUCAACUUGCUUGGCUUCGAAGACGGUUUCGAUGUUUGUGCUGCCGCACUCAAUGUCGUGAAAGGGCUUCCCAUGAAAAUCGACUUGUUGUCAGUGGUUCAAAAUGGCAAGCGAACUAUUUCCUUCAUGUCUCAAGCCAUGGGCUUAAUGGCCGACGCGGAUAUCGGCACUGAGCAUCUACGUUGGAUGGGUGAAGCGCGCUUCACCUACGGGCUGCUUCGUGGUUUGCUUCGUUUCAAGCCGUGUCCAAUUCAGCUCUCAUAUAAAGCCUUUGAAACCGACAAAGACAAAAUGUACGAAAGCCUCCAAAAGCGCAAGACAAAUCCUUCGUCCACAACACCCACAACGGAUGCAGAAUCAACACAGUUACCUGAACUGAAAUAUGUUUCAAAUGACGAUGACUGGACUGUGGUCGAAGAGCCGCUUCUCUAUGUGCUGGCUGGGAAAGGGCCGUAUAUUGGCCGGGAUUACAUGUCUUUUCCCGUCUCAGUACCGGACGAUGGCCUUAUGGAUAUCGUGCUUCAGACUAUGGCCGUUUCCAGAGGACAAAUUAUUACUAAUAUUGGCGGCGCCGCCAAGGGCGAAGUGUAUUGGCACCCCAGUAUUCGGUACGUCAAGGCUCACGCCUACCGCGUUAAACCACUCUCCAAAAAUGGCGCACUAGCGGUGGACGGCGAAAUCUUUCCAUUUGAAGAAUUUCAAGUCGAAACGCACCCCAAACUGGGCAACCUGCUAAGUUUAUACGGCUCUUACGUUGCUGACUUUGCCCAGAAAAAGACAUGCAACAAAGCAUCGUGA